AUGGUGACCUUUCUUCUUCAUGCCCUGCUGGCGGUGAUGUCCCUCCCUGUUGUUAUGUUAAGAAAUGGGACCCAGUCCCCUGUCCUCACCUUUGACCCAGCAGCUGUCAGUGACCGCGAUGCUUAUUGCCAGAUGCUGCUUCAGUCCAGCGUCCCCGAGCAGCAGAUCCCCUGGUUCUGCGUCUGCACUCGAUGCCAGAACACCAGAGGGCCCAAAGGAAGCCGCGGAGAUGAGGGGCUUCCAGGUAUUCCUGGUAGUCCUGGGAAAAGAGGCAUGUCUGGGUUCAGAGGUCCUCCAGGUUUCGUGGGCAGACAAGGAGCCAAAGGACAGAAAGGCGAUGAUGGGGAUAAGGGCGACUGCGGACCUCAGGGGCCUGCAGGACUCAGAGGACUGCAGGGCUUCAAAGGUGAAAAGGGGGAGCAAGGUUUUGCGGGUCUUCAUGGGGAUCCGGGUCCUAGAGGAGAUGAUGAUGUCUGUCCUGAUAAUUGCAAGUCCAUCGCUGGAACUCAGGGACCAACUGGUUUGAUAGGCCCUGCAGGAUCCAGAGGUCUGCCUGGCACCCCGGGGAUGCCGGGUCCCAAAGGUGUCAAGGGUGAGAUGGGAGAGUUUGGGCCCCCUGGUGUUCCUGGAUCUGUGGGUGAGAAAGGAGAGCUGGGGCCACAGGGGGAGUGCAGAUGUAUAGAUGGAGCUGAUGGACAUAAAGGCGAAAAAGGAGAUAAAGGAGUCAAAGGUGAUGUGGGAACAAUGGGCCUCGUGGGCCAAAUAGGGCCUCGGGGGAUAACAGGAGACAUGGGGCACAUAGGGAUGAUGGGUCCUCCAGGUCCCUGCAUGCCCACCAUCCAGUCGGCCUUUGCUGCAGGCCUGAUGACCAGCUUUCCCUCACCCGACACCCCCGUGGUUUUCUCCUAUGUUUUCUACAACAUCCAGCAGAAUUACAACCCCAGCACCGGCAUCUACAUCGCUCCCAUCAAUGGCACCUACGUCUUCAGCUACCACGUCACCGUCUUUGACAAAGUCCUGAAAAUCGGCCUCUUUCGUAACUUCAUGCCGGUUAUUAAAACCACGGAGGCCAGCCAGUUAGCGACCACCUCACAGUCGGUUGUCCUUCACCUGCUGAGGGGAGAUUGGGUGUGGAUUCAGGUGAAGGAUAUGGUCACCAACGGCAUGUAUGCCAGCAAUGAGGCCAGCAGUGUUUUCUCUGGCUUCUUGCUGCACCCAGAUUCAUGUGAUUUGGCUUUACUCAGAUCCCCCAUGCCCCACAAGAAGGUUCCCGAUGAUGGAUACACCUGGGGCGGCACGCCUGAGUCCAGCACCCCCCAACCCUGA